UAAAAGUCAGAUUAGACCCACCCGCAGAAGCAACCGUGGUUUUAAAAAGGAGCAUAAAGAAGCUAUUCUUGGAAUGUAUUGUUAAUGCCUAUGUAUAAGAUGUUGGUGUGGUUAUUAUGCUGCGGUAUUGUAAUAUACGCGGGAAUAGUACAAGCUAAUGUCGAGGCGUUUCCGUGGCUGGAAGAGCGGGUUUACAAAAGGCCGGAGUUCAUUGAUUAUCCGAAUCCGGUAAAUUGUUCUGAAACGGGAAUGAGUGUUACUGUCCCCAGUGAAGAAUACGUUGACUUGGCAGUUUCUUUUCUUAUUCGUGAUUGGAAGACUGGAAUGGAGUAUGAGAUUACUGAUAUUCCUUCAGGCUGUUUGAAACCGACUGUAAGUAAAAGUGAAGAUGGCUUGAUCCUUUGGACUACCUAUAAUGGCUGCUUUGUCCGAAUGUAUAAGAAAAAUUAUAUUCUCGAACUAACAGUAAGAGGAGUAAACUCCACCAUCACUGUAUAUGAACGGUUGACUAUGAAAUGCCGAAGCCAAACGUCUGGGAAAGAUCCAGAGUCCUAUAUCUUAACUGACCGGUGCACUGUUGAAAUUGAUAAGAGGAUACCUUGUGGAAUCGCUGAAGUGAAUCAAGUGGACUGUGAAUCAAGUGGUUGUUGCUAUGAUUUCAACACAUCUCAACCCUGCUAUUAUGGGAAUGAAGCAACCAUACAUUGCACAGAAGAUGGUUUCUUCGCUAUUGCCAUCUCUAAAGAUGUGACAAAACCACCAUUAAACCUGGAUUCUAUCAGAAUGGCUGGAAAGCAAGGCUGCAAUGUUACUGACUGGAUUCUUCACAAGACUACAGAGCUGCUUAUUCUUAGGCUACCUUUCAGUCCUUGUGGAACUGCUGCUUUUCAGAAUGAAAAUACAUUUCUGUAUGAAAUGCAAUUGGUGGCAGACCAAGAAGUGCUUGUUGGAGAGAGUGGAUCUAUAACUAGAGACAGCAUCUACAGACUAGAUGUCCGCUGUCUGUACAAUGGAAAAGAUAUCAGACCACUCAAAAUUGGAGUCAAUACUUUAGCCCCGCCUCCUCCUGUGACUGAUGGUGGUCCUUUACAUUUGGAACUCCGGGUUGCAAAAGAGAGCUUGUAUCAUUCAUACUACACUGAUGACGACUACCCUGUGGUCAAAGUUCUGCAGGAUCCAGUAUUCUUUGAAGUUCGCAUUCUUCAGAGAACAGACCCAAAUGUUGUACUAAAGCUAGAAAACUGUUGGGCUACUCCAGUCUCUGAGUCCAGAGCUAGACCUCAGUGGAAUAUCCUGGUUGAUGGGUGCCCUUAUACAGGUGACAACUAUCUCACCCAGCUGCUGACAGUCGAUGCAACUUCAGGAGUGAAGUUCCCACGACAUUAUCAACGCUUCAUUGUCUACACUUUUGUUUUUCUAAAUCAUACAACUGGACAGCCUUUGGAAGGAGAGGCUUACUUCCACUGUAGUGCUUCAGCAUGUUACCAGAGUGCAAGAGAGUCCUGUGAAACCUGUAGUGAACAGAGUUCAAGAAAGAAAAGAGAGAGACGUAUGAAAAAUUAUGUUUCAAGCAUUGUGACUGCUGAUGGACCAGUCUUGUUCAUCUCUAAGGAAAAUGUCGAUCAAGGAAAAGGCUCUCUCAUAACACCAGCAGAAAAGAAGAUGACUUUGCCUGCUGUAUUUCUUGGAGCAGCCUGCAUUGGUAUAAUUGCUCUGGUGGUCAUACACUUUCAGUUAUGCAGACAGCACAGACUGAAGCCUAAGAAACCCACAAGAAUAACUGAAGUGUCGAGUGACAUUUUGAAAUGAUCAUUGUUUGAUAAUUAUCAAGCUUUUUUAUAGUUUUGAUAGUUGCACUUGAUUCUUACAAUCUAACAUGUACCACAGUUUGUAUAUCAGUAAAAUAUUGGAGAACCCUUUAAAUAAAAUCUUGACCUGAA